GCCCAUCGAGAGUCCAUGACGUGCAGUAGGGCGGGCGGGCAAACGCGCUAUAAAACGCGGCCCGGCUCAUUCAUUCCCAUUGCCGUGCUGGAGUCCUGCGCGUACACGAGGAAGCUCCGUUGCCGGGGACUUCGGAAGACUCUACGGGAAGCCUCUGGACGAUCCCAUUUAGGAGUUUUUGGAAGCAACGCAGUCGCCAUUACUAAAAUCAUGAAAAUGUCUCCGCCCGAGAUUUCGAAUAUUCUGAAGGAGGGGGAGCUGGAGAAGAGAAGCGACAAUCUCCUCCAGUUCUGGAAGAGAAAGACGUGCGUGCUCACGACGGACAGCUUGAACAUCUACGCCGACAACCAGAAAAAGACCAAAAGCAAGGAGCUUAAACUCCAGUCUAUUAAGAAGGUGGACUGUGUGGAGCGCACCGGCAAAUUCGUCUACUUCACGAUCGUCACCACGGACAAUAAGGAGAUCGACUUCCGCUGCUCGAGCGAGGACCACUGUUGGAACGCCGUCAUUACAAUGGCUCUGAUCGACUUCCAGAACAGGAAAGCCAUUCAGGACUUUAAGACGCGGCAAGACACGGAGGACACGACCCUGGGACAGCAAGAUAUGCGCAUGGCCAGAGCGCCUUGAGGACUUGAGCUCGGCAGCAUAGCACGAUAUAUGUAGAGAAAUGGACCCAGAAGAAAGCUUGGACCAAAAGAGGGGACGUUUCAGCCUGUGUCAGAGGGGCGACUGGAGGGAGGCGAAAUCCUCACGCUGUUCCCUGGAGCUGUUUUGGAAACACAGAAAUAAUUUUAGCAGGCAAAACAGACACUCAAGACUGAACCCUUGAACUUUCAAAGUGCUUUGAUAUGAGGGACACUUUUCAGUGUAAAUUUGACUAUUUAUUUGUUACAAGGAAUAUUGCAUUAUAUGCAAAGUUGUUUGUCCUAAGUUAUUUACAUGUGCUAUUUUGCUAUGUAUUUAUUUAAAUAAAUUUUCAAAAAGGAGAAAUACA